AUGUCAGAAUACAUCAAAACGACUUUCUUAAUCAUGUCAGAUUCUCAUGGACAUCAGCUGCUGUCGGGACCGGUGACCGGACAUAUCGACGUUGCUAUCCAUUGUGGCGACCUCACAAAUGAAUCGAAGAUAGAAGAGUUCCAGAAGACGUUACAAUACCUUCAGGAAUUGAAAGCAGAUCUCAAGUUAGUAAUUGGCGGCAACCAUGACUUUACAAUGGAUGUUCCGGCUUUCAAAAAGUUGGUUGCAAAUGCUAAGCAAACUCUAGAGCCAGAGCUGGUGCGAAAGACAUACGGAGAUUACGGCGAAAUCAGAAACAUCCUAUCUGCAAAUGCAGCAGCAGCUAAUAUCAUCUUCUUAGAUGAGGGCUCGUAUGAAUUCAGGCUGCGCAACGGUGCCUUAUUGCGUGUUUACGCUAGUCCUUUCACACCAUCGUUAAGUGGUGAUUGGGGAUUUCAGUACCAUCUAAAUGAAGGUCAUCAUUUCGAAAUUCCGGAGACUGUCGACGUAGUGAUCACGCACGGCCCUCCAAAGGGAAUCCUUGAUUAUACUGAUGGGAGACGGGCUGGCUGCCCUAAUUUAUUUCAAGCCAUUGCUCGUGCACAGCCUCUUUUACACUGCUUCGGACACAUCCAUGAGUGCUGGGGAGGGAAACUAGUGACCUGGCGUAGCAACAUGCCAUCGAAUUCGAUGCCUUCUCAUAUCACACAUAUCGACAAUUCGAAGUCAACUGUUUUGAGUAACAUUUCACGGCUAGAGGCAGCGCGUCAAACAAGUGACUUGGCUUGUUUCUCCGUUGAUUUUGAUGUGACUAGAUCAGGUUCACAGACGUUAUUUGUCAACGCAGCACUUCAGGGUACUUCCGAAAUUACUCAGGUACCGUGGGUUGUCAAUGUUCCACUUCCUCGUGUUUGA